UCUUGUUCACGACCCAGACCGGCAAAGUCAAGAUACAAGCAAACGAGUUGAAGUAAUGGUUGCUUUCACAGCGACUCGACUUCUCUGUGGCCUAGUAUUCACACUAGGUACCGCCACGUCUUUAACAACACCAGGUCCAUGUGGUAAUAACCAUCUGUAUACUCCUGCUACACUUAAAAGUCCUCUUUAUCCCAGUUACUACCCUAACUCUAUAGACUGCAACUGGACUAUUUCUGACACCAAUGGAUCAAGGAUUCUGUUAACGUUUUCAUCUUUUUCGUUGGAAAGUCAUUCACGUUGUAAAUAUGAUUACUUGGACGUUUAUGAUGGUGACUCCUCGUAUGCUCAAAAACUUGGGCGAUAUUGUGGAAACCAAUUAAAACUAAGUCUGACAUCAUCUGGAUCCCACCUCUUUAUUGCGUUCCACUCGGAUGGUAGUCAUCAAAAAGAAGGAUUUGUUUUGAAUUUCUCAAAUAAAAUUGGUCUAUGUGGCAUUAGCCACCUGUAUGCUCCUGCUACAGUUAAAAGCCCUCUUUAUCCCAGUUACUACCCUAACUCUAUAGACUGCAACUGGAUUAUUUCUUGCACCAAUGGGUCAAGGAUUUUGUUAACGUUUACAUCUUUUUCGCUGGAAAGUGAUUCCCGCUGUAUUUAUGAUUAUUUGGACGUUUAUGAUGGUGAUUCCUCGUAUGCAUCAAAAAUUGGGCGAUAUUGUGGAAGCCAAUUACCACGAACCAAAUUUUAA